CUUUGCCCUAGAAACAAGUCUAAUAUUUAUCUGUGUCUGUAAGCGUGUUUGCAUUGAUCCUCAAAGGACUGAAUGCCAACUCUCAUGAGCACAUUUGCAAUGUGUGUAUGAAAAUAAGUAUAAAUACUUAUUUAAUAAAAGCUCACAAAAUACCACUAAUAAAAGGCCGGUUAGAAUAAUGUAUUUCCCACAAAUCACUGCCUCUGUUUGUAUCUCUGUCACUGCAGGACCAACGUGGAUCGAGAAGUCCGCGCUCUCAGGAGGCCGACAAUUUCAUUGAAGAAAGAAGUGGAAGAAAAAAAUACAACCGUGACGAGUUUGGGAAAGAUUUUACUGUGAAAGCUUCCCUAAAAAUGCAUCAAGUUAUCCACACCGGAGAGAGAGCAUUCAGCUGUGGAGACUGUGGAGAGUCUUUUACCAGGUCUGCAAGCUUAAAAAGACACCAACUGAUCCACACCGGAGAGAGAGCAUUCAGCUGUGGAGACUGUGGAGAGUCUUUUACCAGGUCUGGACACUUAAAAACACACCAACUGAUCCACAGUGGAGAGAGACCGUUCAGCUGUGGAGACUGUGGAAAGUCUUUUACCACGUCUGGACACUUAAAAACACACCAACUGAUCCACAGUGGAGAGAGACCGUUCAGCUGUGGAGACUGUGGAAAGUCUUUUACCACGUCUGGACACUUAAAACAACACCAACUGAUCCACAGUGGAGAGAGACCGUUCAGCUGUGACGAGUGUGGAAAGUCUUUUACCAGGUCUGGACACUUAAAAACACACAAACUCAUCCACAGUGGAGAGAGACCGUUCAGCUGUGACGAGUGUGGAAAGUCUUUUACCAGGUCUGGAAAGUUAAAAACACACAAACUCAUCCACAGUGGAGAGAGACCGUUCAGCUGUGACGAGUGUGGAAAGUCUUUUACCAGGUCUGGAAAGUUAAAAACACACAAACUCAUCCACAGUGGAGAGAGACCGUUCAGCUGUGACGAGUGUGGAAAGUCUUUUACCAGGUCUGGAAAGUUAAAAACACACAAACUCAUCCACAGUGGAGAGAGACCGUUCAGCUGUGACGAGUGUGGAAUGUCUUUUACCGAGUCUGGAAGCUUAAAAACACACAAACGCAUCCACAGUGGAGAGAGACCGUUCAGCUGUGACGAGUGUGGAAAGUCUUUUGCCCACUCUGGAAGCUUAAAAACACACAAACUCAUCCACACUGGAGAGAGACCGUUCAGCUGUGGAGACUGUGGAAAGUCUUUUACCGAGUCUGGAAGCUUAAAAAGACACCAACUAAUCCACACUGGAGAGAGACCGUUCAGCUGUGGAGACUGUGGAAAGUCUUUUACGCGCAUUUCACACUUAAAAUCACAUCAACUCAUCCACAGUGGAGUUAAAGCGUACACCUGUGAUCAGUGUGGCAGAGCUUUUACUCACAGUUACAGCUUACAGAGUCAUCUAGUUACCCACUCUGGAAUUAAGGCGUACAGCUGUGACAUUUGUGGAAAACUUUCAGCCGGAUAGGGGCGAAAUACACACCUCACGCAUUCACACCAGACAUGAUGUGUACAGCUGUGAUCAGUGUAGUAAACAGUUUACUACAAACACAGAGUUACGACGUCACAUGUUUACCCACACUGAGGAACGACCUUAUAAAUGUGACCUGUGUGAGAAGACUUUUAAAUCUCCACGUUACCUGAAAGCACACCAACAGAUCCACACCAGAAAGACUCUACAAGUGCAGUUACUGUGAGAAGCAGAGCGACACAGAUGGAUCAAGUUCUCAACCCUGUCAUCGCUGUGGGAAAGACUUUUGUUGUGACCUUUGUGGAAAAACUUUAAGUCAUUGAAGGACUCUGAAAAUACAUCAACGUAGACACACUGGAGACAAAAUGAACUACUGUAAAGAAUGCGGGAGAGGCUUCACCACUUCAAAGGACUUCAAACAAUAUGAACUCCUUCACAGUGGCGUUAAAAAGCAUGUCUGCGAUCAGUGUGGGUCAUCCUUCAUCAGUGCAUGUCAGCUUGAAAAGCAUAAACGAGUCCACACAUGAGAGAAACCAUACAAGUGCAGACACUGUGACAAAACCUUUUCACAAUCAUGUGAUCAUACUAAGCAUGAACGCAGACACAUGAAAGAGAACUUCAUCUGUGAAAGAGUUUGAGUAAUCUCAGUUCAUACUCCACUCAGAAACGAUUCCAUGUUACAAAUAAACUGUUACAUCUCGAUUCUCGCUUUUACGUUAAUCUUGUAAACAGUACAUUUGCAUAACGACUGAAACCGGCCCAAUGAAUGAACAAUGGGCUGUGAGGUCAAUUUCUUCAUCAUUAAUAUGCAAAUUCUUAUGAGCAUUGAUCAACAACCACUGGUCAAUGGCCAUGAGUACCAUUCACAGAGUAAAUAUUUGCAUAAUGAUUAUGAAGUUUACUGUUACCAAUGUUCAAAAACAUUUACUAAAUUAUCUUCUCUGUGCAAACAUCAGCGUGAUGCAGGACUGAAAUCAUUGCCAUCUCUGGAUCACAGUGAAUCUGCAGAGACAGAAAGAUCCUCUUCUGGUUUCAGGGUCAGACUUAAACCCUUGAGAUGAGGCUCCACAGAGUUCAGGUGGAGUCUUCUGUAAAUAUCUGAUGAGGCACCUAUGAAUGAAAAUGUGCCUCUUGUUACAUUUUAAGCUUUCUAAACUGUUCUACUGUAGUGUUUGUGUUGAGUGGUUCGCUUUGUUCCAGCAGUUUGAUUAAGAAAUCUGUUUCCUGUUAUAUUUUUAUUGAAUGCAUUGAUCCAUGUGUUCUGCAGGUUUUUUUCAGUUUGUUUGUGUAAUGAAAUCCUGCAACAAUUAAACCAAAAUUUUAUAUGUUAAAUAAAGAAAUGGUUUACUG